AUAGUACAUUUAAUAUUUUGUAUGUUUAAACAUUAACAUUGCUUACGUUUAUUAUGCAAAGUUUAAGUUACGAACUCAAAAUACAUUUUUCUUUCAUUUAAGACAUUUUCACUAAGCUUUGACAAAUAUUUAUUUAUUUCAAAGGGGUUAUGGGCGUACUGAAAAUAUUGACAGGUAUCAGGCGUGUCAGCUGACUCUUGUCAUCUCGUAGGAAAGGCAUGGAAUGAAAGAUCAUUCAAACGGUUUCUUUGUAUUCAUAACAUGGAAGAAAGAUUUAUAAAGCUCUGCAAUGUUUCAAAUUGCAUUCCAUUGCAUGAAUAUCAGUCAAUGAAAAUUUCUACAGAUGUAAAAUAUGUAUAUAUACAGCUGUUGAAUAACAAAGCACUGCUGUAUUACCUUUCCAGAAACAAUGAAUAUACUGAAGGACCUAUUUGGGAAAGCUCAGAUGUCAGCAGUUGCAUUUUCUCAGAUGAAGGCAAUGAGUUCAUGGUCAUAUCAAUCGAAAAUUGUUGUAGAAUAUACAGAUUACUUGAAGCCUCCAUAGUUCUUCUUCGAGAAAUUAGUCUGGAAGAACUGUCCCUCAUUAUUGGUGAAUUUGACAUAGAAUUAACGUGUGAAAGUGUUGUGAAGCUACAUAAAUUUAAUAAAAAGACUGUUAUUGUGUUUGUGAAUAAUGUAUGGUUAAUUAUAUUAAAAUGGGGAAGUGAAGAUAUUCUGUUGGCUCAUAAUAAAAUUGAAGUUGCUUCUUGUGUUACCAUUAAUAUUGGACUCAAUGCAAUUUACACAUUAACAGCUGGUGGCAAUGUUUCUGCUUAUGAUCAAAAUGAUGGAGGACAACUGGGCGUUGUCCAUAUUUAUGCUAUGGUUCCACCAUCUCGAGUAAUGGAUGUCCUUAGUUUUAAAUAUUUGUCUGUGAAUCUUGAUGGCACAUCCCUAGCAGUAUCAGAUCGAGCAAGUCAGGUUUUUCUUAUAAAAGUGAAAAAUGCUUUUGCAAUGGAUGAUGUCAGUGAACAUCAAAAUUCCAGGUGGGAUUGUGGAACCAGUAUUAGAUCAUUUGGUUCUGAUGUAUCCCGACUUACAUCUGCCAGCCGUGUUCAACCAAAAGUGCUUCCAGAUACUAUUUCUUUAAGUUCAUCUAUUACCCAAGAUUCUGGAGAUAGCACAUCUUAUAAAGUGACAUGGAAUUCAUAUAUUCAGUCUUUACAGAAAUCGUCAUUUCUAGGUAUUUCAGAAGACCAAUAUUCAUGUAUGCAAAAACUGUCUGAUCCACCUGAGGGUCUUACAGUAAGAGGUCUUCAACUCAGAAAUGGAGAAUUGUCAGUGUGGUUCACUGAGCCUGAUGCCCAGACUGGUGGAAUUUACUAUUUACAUGAUUUGGUGAACAACACGUGCAUUGAACAACAGCUUCCUGAUGACACAGUUGUUAUUCCCGGAGGAUUAGUGGGUCUUAAAGAUGCUUUUCUCUCUCCCAGAGGUCUUUUUAUGUUUCUUGGAACAUUACCACAUGAUGUUCUUGUUAGUAAGAUGCUGCAUUGCAUGCAGAGAGAAUCUUUGGGUCGUUUGUUACAAGGUGAGACAUGGACAAACCUUAUGGUGCCUCUUCCAGCCGUUGUUGUCGCUCUUAAACAACAACAGUUAGAUGUUGUUCAACUAGCUUUAAGUCUUCAUGUUCAUGGUUUAAAGAGCACCUUUUUAAAUAUCGCUGAGUAUGAAGAGAAUGGUUGGAAGGAUAAGAUGAGGAAACUUAUGGCUGACUUAGAAGAACUUUUGCUGGUGAUCCAACAAUCAUGUACUGAAUAUGCUCAAAAACCAGCUCUUCAUGAACAGCUUAUUGCAUCUACGUUAGAACAAAUCAAUCGUUUACUUGAGUGCCUUUGUGGAAAGAAACUUACUCUUGCAUUUGAAUUUGCAGAGCAAAUUAUGUUACAUGUCAUCCAACUUAGAAAGCACCUUUUAGGACAAUCCAUCACAAGAGAAGCUAGAGAAACCAAAUGUGAAUAUAAAGGGUGCCCAAUGCAACUGUCUGCAGAAUGGGAAAAGUGGAACGAUAUGAGUGAUGAAGAUGUAAUUCAAGAUGCUAUAAUGAAGAACUGUGUUCCUCUUUCUCAAGUAUUUUUUAUUAAAGUUCGAUCUUGGCCUAAAAGUAGUAUUCACUCUCAGUAUCAUAACUUUGUGGACAACUGGGUUUCAUUACUUCUUGAGGAGUCAGACUUUGAAAAGGCUGAAAUGAUUUUAUGGAUAGUAGGUAAAGAUCCAGAUUGUACACUUCUGAGAAUUUGUGUGGAAACAGAACAUCAUAAAUUGAGAGAUCGACUUGCUCAGCACCUUACAGAAAAGGGCCUUUUUCCUCGUGCAGAGAUGAAUGCACUCAAUUUUUUGAAACAAGUUGAAAAAAUUUUGGAUAUAAUUGAUUUCUCCAGUUUGGGUACAAGAAGUGAUGCUAAAGACAAAGUAUUUCUGAAUAUCCAUUUAAAUGAAGAUAAAAUACCUCUGUGUGCAGUUUUAGAAAAGUCAGAUGAAUGGCGACAGUUUGUUUUAAUAUCUUUAUUCUUUAAUGUCCCAGGUGCUGGUCAUCUGGAAUCUAUGUUACAAUGUGAAUUUGUUUGGCUGUACUUGUUAGAAAACAACCGUGAAGACUUACUAUGCACAUGGAUUACUUGUGCACUCUCUGAAAAUUCAUGGGAAACAAUUCCAUUAUGUGUAGAAGAGUGGGCAGAAAGGUUAAAAGCUAUUCCUGUAGUUACUGCUGUUGAGGAAUGUAGUUAUAUUUCAGCAGAAAGUUUGUUGAAUAUUUUCAAAAGAUGGUUCAUUACUGAGGACAUGGUAAAUUCUGUAACAUCUGCUAAUGCUAUGACAACAAUAAAAGAAAUAGUUCUGAAUCACUUAAGUAGGUUUGGAGUAUUUAGCAGCUCUGAGAAAGCUGAUGUAAGAGCCAUUUUGAAACGGACAAUCUUUACAGGAAAUGUGGGCAAUUUAAAAAGUGUUUUGAACCAAAAAUCUGGAAAUGUCACUUAUACUGAAUUUCAAAUAUUGCUUACUAAACAUUUAAUAAAUAAUGAUCUGUAUGACAUAGCUUUUCCAUGCCUUGAAGAUUUUGAAUAUUCUGAUAGGCUAUUGGAAGAUUUAUGUAAUACUGAUCAAGAUCAUGGUGAUUGGCUCCCCUUGUGGUUGACCUUCAGAGACAUGAAAAAGAAACCUGGUGACAAAACAGCUAUUUAUAAUGUUAUUUUGAAGAAUGCUCAGUAUCUAUCAAAAGGAGAUUUAAAAAUAUAUUUAAAAGAACAUCCAGUUGUUGUAUUGGCAUUGCUGGUUUAUGAAGGCAGGUCAAUAGCAGACGUUUUCACAUCAAAUGAAGAUAUUUCAAAUAUAGAUCGGGCUACUUUGUCUGCUACACUAAAUCAGUACCCUCUACUGGAGAGGGCUGUCACUAGUUUUACAAAUCCAAGUGAAGAGACACCUGAUAUAACGUUAUAUCAAUUAUUGGAAGGAAAUUCCCCAUUUGAUGUUUCCAAGUUAUUUGGAUGGCAAAAGUCUCACAGGAUUGAAGGAGAAGAGUUCCCUCAUUUCACAUGCCCAAAGCUCGUAGAUAAGUAUGGUAUAGAAUACAAGAUGACUUAUUUGAUAUAUCUUAAGCUGGCUAGACCAUGUUUUGCAGCUUGUAGAUUUGUGAUAGAUCAGUAUAAAACGUACGCCACACUUUCACACAAAAGAAUUAAAGAUGCUGUUAAUGCAGCUCAUGGCCUAGCUUUGCAAAAUUUUGAUGAUGAAGAAAUUACUGCAUCUUGCCUUGCUUUCACGGAAAUACUGGGUGAAGACAGUUGCAGAUUAAAAGUUGAUUUGUGUUCGGUCAGAAAGAUAUUUAGCUAUUUUCAAAACAAUGAAGAGGAAAAUAAAAAUAUUGAGCAAAUUGGUGAAAUGUUGUAUGAAAUGAGGCAGCACAACAGUGAAGCUGCUACCCAACUCCUUCAUUUUCUAGAAAUAGCACUGCAAAAAGAAAUUGGUCAUAGCAUACAAAUAGGAAAGAAAUCUAUGGAAGAAAUUGCACAUUGGGGUUUAGCAGUGAAAUUUGCCAGAUCCCACGGGUUGAAGUUACCUGAAGUAUUCUUGAGACAACUGACUAGUGAGAAUAAUCUAUUUCUCUUUAUGAUGUUCAUUGAAAUUUACAGAUAUCCUCUACAUCAAGUAAAAGACCUUUCGAAAUCUUUUAGUUCUUUGAUUCUUCAAGAACAUUUGUUUCACAUUCUACAAGUAGAAGUGACAACUGAAAGUAAAGAAGAUUCUAUCCAUUUAGUGCCUCGUGAUGCUCGAAAGACUCUCUAUUCCAAAAUUCUUCCCAAGAAACCGAAACUAAAACAAGAGGAUGCACUUCCUGUGGGGAAACCAAAAAAACUUACCAAACGCAGACGAGAAACAGAUCAUCCAGAUCAGCAGAAGGGAGCCACCGAUAAAAUAAUGGAUUUGGCUGCUUCUCUGUCUAGUGGUAGUUCUGGUGAAGAAGCAGUAGGAAGUAGCCUAAUUUCUUAUGAUGUCUGGAGAGAAGAUGAUAAUAUAGAUCUAUUUCUUGUACUAUUGAAAUGUCACAAUGCGGAAGAUCCACUAAGGGCUUUAUUGCAUGAAACAUAUGCUUUGCAAAACCCAAUUUUGGCUGUCCUCGCCACCUGUUAUGAUCUUGGAAUGGUUAUUCCCUGUUUUUGCGCAUGGAUGAUUAUCUCAUUGCCACACCCAAAUUCAGAAAGAUUACUCAAUGAACUUGGUAAAUCUAGCCAAGAUCUUGUAUGGACAGAGGAUGAAGUUUUAAGAAUAUUAGAAGAAGCUGUAUCAUGCAGAUUUAUCAGAACUCUUCAGCAUGGCUGCUGGAUUUUUUUUCCAGAUAACCCUUUAGGUGAUUUAAUGGAUUUUUUGUAUGAAGCUAUAAUUUUGAAAGAUUUUGAAGAGUGCUUGCUGAGAAUGAAAUCAUUCAAAGCAGCUUUGUUGAAUCUUAAAAACAAUGAUUUAAAUCAAUCUUUAGAUUUUAUUGGUAAUGGCCUAUGGUUAGGUCGUGUGGCUGUGCAACUCACCAAGGCAGCUGUGUCUUUUGCCUUGACAUCUCUACAGUUUGUUUUGGAAUUUUUAGCUGUGAUGCGUGAAGGAAAUUUUUUAGAUCAUCUUCCAGAACCUCUUCCUGACUUUGAACUUGUGGAACAAGUGUUGAAAUGUCUGUCUCUCACUGGUGUUUUUCCUAAUAUGGCUGCAUUGCUAAAUCCCGCUAAAAGUUUGGAACAUCAGAAUGAAGUCAAUCGUUGCUUACAGGAGCUUUCUCAAAGCAAACAGUUUUCUUGUGCUUUGCAAUUAGCAUCAGCAAGUGGCUUAUGUCGAGACCCAGUGUUGGUAGCACAGUGGAGUGAUAAAUUUGAACAAUCCGCUAAGCGACCUUUGGGAAGAAGUUUUUUGGGAUUUUGGAAGAAAUGUGAUGACACAUUUCAUUCUGAAAAAGUAUAUCCACAUACUGCUGCUAAAUUCUUUCAAUUCCAUGCGGAGAAAUUGACAGAUCUGGAAGAAAAGUUUCAUGUACUGCAGUUGGCUGUUAGUUGGCUGCAGGAAGCUCUACUUAAAGUUACAGAUUUCUGUCCUGUUGAUUUCAAAAAAGAAAUGGCAUCAGUGGAGCUCAAUAUGUGGAAUUGCUGGCUGCAAGCAUCUUAUGAACUUCCAUUGGGUACAGAAAAUACAAAUCCAGAGAUGUUGUACUCCACAAAGAAUGUAAUUUUAGAACAAGCAGGAGUUACUGAUAUGAUUAUCUCUCCUGAAAUAUCUAAUGAAGAGAAGCAAAAAGUGCAUGUACUAUUGGGAAAAUUACUUGAUUUGGGUAGUAUGGUUUCUGCUUGUCGUGUGGAAGCAAUGUAUGGUGUUAAGCAUCAAGAUUUGAAUAUUUUAUUGUUAUGUCUUGGACUGGCAGAAGGUACUGUAUCUCCUUACGAAUUGACUUCAGAACAACGUUUAUUGUUUUCUGAAGUGUCAACUACUCGUACACUCAGCCACAGACGGAGAGCUCUUAUGUCAUCAAUUUCAACAUUGUCACACAGUCCUGGCACUAACAGUUUAUUGGUGGACUAUGUUGAAAUUCCCCCAAGAGAUCGCCAAGACACUUUGACAGCUUUAGAGAAACUAACAGGUCGUUUAGAACAUGGUACUGCUAUUGGUAAUCGUGUUGUAAUGUGCUAUCGUGUGGCAAUGAAUUUAGAUUUGAACUAUCUAGAAGUACUGGUGAUGCGUGAGCCGCUCAACUUACUGAAGACUGCUUUAGCAGAUGAUUGUCUAAAUAAAUUCAUAGUUGCAAGUGACAUUAUUACUGCAGCACAGAUAAAUAGCACAGAAGUUGCUGAAUUUAUGGCUCGAGAAAUUCUUGAAGCUGUGACAAAAAGCAAAUUAAAAGGUGAAGUCUCUGGUACAACAAUGUGGGGCAUAGAACUUGAAUCAUGCUUUCAUCUUGUGUUGGAUGUCUGUAGAGAUCAAGCUUCUUUGGGAAACAAGCUUUUGAGUCUUGCCUCUCUGGUUACUACAAGUAGAGCGUAUGCAUUCCAUGAUGCUCAUGUGAUUGCAGUAGAACUUGUUAUUCAUGCCCACAACUGCUUUGUUGCUGCACUGAAUAUGGAAGGUAUUGGUUCUGUGCUUCAGAUGUGUCAGACUAUUACAACUAGACUUCUAAAGAAAGAAGAAUGGGGUUUAAUGGUCCGUCUACUGACUGGUGUGGAAAGAUAUACAGAAAUGAGUUAUAUUUUUAAAAUUCUGUAUGAUCAUGAACAGUUUGAAUUUCUUCUUGCAAAAGGAUUGGACAAGGUGAAAGGGCUUAAAGUGGCAGUUAUAGAUUUUCUGAAAAAGCGUUGCCCUGGAGAUAGGAAACUCUAUGAAAUGGUCACUUUACGGUUUGGUAUGUUUGAAGAAGUGGCUGUUCUUUGGGAGAGUGAUGGAUUAGCUGAGGAGGAAGCAGUAUUAAAGUUAAUUUUGAAAGAUCAAAAUGGUACUAGUUAUUCUCUUCUUCCGCAUAAUGAGGUAGUGAAGAGACAUCUAAUGAAUGCUAUGGAGUGCUUCAAACAUGCAGCAGAAUUUUUCAUCAAGGGAGAAUUGUUGAUACGUGCAACUCAUUUGGUACAUCAUGCUGAAUUGGUGGCAUUACAACGCUAUUUUAUAAGCACAGUGUCUCCUGGGCAAGGUGCCCCAUUGCUAUUACGUUUGAGUUCAGAGGAAGUUGCAAAUCUGGUGACACAUGUUCUUACAUUUCCCCAGGGUUAUUUAGUGGUCAGAGCUUAUGAUCAUCCUGUAGACUGGGCUGCAGCCCUUUAUCAUCAUUGUGUUUUAAAAGGGGAUGAAUCUUACUUUACUGCCUUUACAACAAGUAUUCCUUUGAAUUCAUCAAUGGUGGAAGAUGUUGUUAGAAGGUUUCAGGUGCUUAGAAAUAUUACAGCAGAUAAUGCCCGAAUGAUGAAAAUGUUUAUUGAACAAGUGGACUCAUUGGAACUGAAAUACCGCCUCGCAAGUCAACUAGGUUUCCGAGAUCUGAUAGAAAGUUUAUUAAAUGGUCCAGAAGAUGAUGUUGCUUAUUUAAAAGAUACUGUGUGGCAGCAUGGGUUCCGCUCUUAAGGGUUCAAAAUAAUUUACAAGUUUUGUCAAGGUAUUAAUGUUUGAAUCAAAUAAGAUAGACAAGUUAAGAAUUAGGUUUUGAAAGGCUUGAUGUCUUUACUCAGGUGUUCAUAAGUUACAGAGCUGGUUUAAAGAAUCACAGAUCCCACCAUAAGCCCAAUAGUUGUAGUUGACAUUGUUUUAUAAGAAAUAAAAUCAUAAAAACAAUCACCACCACCAAUAUCAUAAUCAUCAUCAUUUAUGAUGAAAACUGAACUUUUGUUGAAUGUUACACUUGAAAACACCACUAUGUACUUACUUUUACAACAGAUUUUCAGGACAUAAAAAUAUAUAUUCAGAAUUAAGGAGAAAAAACGCAUGCACAUUUGCUGCUUGCCAAAUUGCUAACAAAAUGUUUAUAAUAUUCCUGAAAGUACUGAAACUGUCAGUUUCAUGCUGCUAUUUGUAUGUACAAUCAUAGCCUUAUUUCUCAUAUGAUCAUGGCUGAAACUCUUUGUAUACUUUUCAUGAAAUCUAUUAUUAUACACACAGUUCAUAACAAAAGCAGCUGCCACUGACCAAAACACUACAAUGAUUAAAAAUUGUUUUGUAGUCCUGCUAGUCAACUGUUUCCAUAAAUACUUGUUUAUUAUGAAAAAUGUCAAAUGAUAAACAAAAAAAGGUUUUUGUAUAUUUUAUAUGUUUCAAGAAUUUGUAAUUUUAUAAUGUUGAAAUCUCAAAAGUAGUUUGUGGUGGCAUAGAUUUCUGAACCUUUAAAUCAGCCCUUGUCAUCUUACUGAAAUUUGUACAAAAACUCUUGUGCUUUUCACCAAGAUAUGCAUUGAUAUUUAGCUUUACAAUGAAGCUUUUGAGUUUUGCAGUGCCUGAUUUGAAUGCUCUGUACAAGUUCUCAUGUCGGUGUUAAAGCAAGUCAUACUUCUGUGAUAAUGCAAUAUUAUAUAAUUUAUAUAUGUACAUAUUGAUACAUUUUGUGUAAUAUUUGUAAUAUAAAAUAUAUUUUUAAGUAAUAUUUUUAUUGCUGAAUGCUUUCGAGCGAGAAUAAUAAUAGCUCAGCAGACAUAAAUUAUAAUUGAAAUUGUGGCCAUAUAAACAGGAGGGUCCAAUUUAUUGUUUAAUAAAAUGACAAUACAGUUAUUGGUCUUCCUAAGACUUUUUUGGAGUUGAUUUCAUAUGUAAUGCUGAUCUUUGCCAAAGAAUAUAUAUAUUAUUUAUUUUGACUGAUGUCUUUUUAUGACAAAUUAAUUCUUUUUAAUACAGGUCUAUUGCCUUUUGUGUGUCUUUAUUACAAAAAUAUUUGUAAGAGGCUGUGUUUUGAAAAUGAAAUAACAUUACCAAAUUAAUUAUCUAAAGUUAACAGUUUAUUAAGAGUUCAUCAUAUAAUUGUGACAAUAUGCCAACAAUCUGGAAUAAACAAACUUGAUUUAUAAUUUCAAAAGGUGUCACAGAAGUUGUGUAUGGGUGGAAUAAGAAAUGAGAUGUUUUGAUCAUAGUCACUGUGUUGUUUUCAAAGAAUAAUCAUAAACAUGACUGAUUUGUUUCAAACUUUAUCCGACUAUUUCAUCUUUUGCAAUUUUAGCGUGUAUUGUGAUGAGAACAAGAGAAAUUUGAAAAUUAUCGUUGUCCUUAUCAUGGUCUCCUUGAACAGCAGGAUGUUAGGUCUAUCACCUGUUUUUGUUUGCACAGUAGACUUGAUGGUAUAUACCUCCUUGAGUCUUUCAG